CCAUCUUUCUCUGGUGACGAAACUCUUUGCCUGCUCACUUGAUUUAUUUUCCUUCUCUUGCUUCUCCUUCCCUUCUUUCCUCCUGUCUUUCCUUUAUUAACCUCACCCCUUAUCUCCUAUGUCACUAAUUUUUUUCUCAUUACUAUCGUUACUCUAUUCUGUCCCCCUGAUUAUCAUUAGUAACAAUUGGUGCUAGCAGCUAGGGCGCUCAUCAACCAAUCGAUGGCCUCGCUAUUAUCCUUUAGGGCUUCGCGUUCAUUUAAUUCCUCCUCCGGUGAACUUAACCUCCGCAUAAACCUACAGGAUAACACCGUAUCACAGCCUCCUACUGCACCAGCCUCCGAAGCCGGCGACGUCCCAGCCCAACCGUCCAACGCUUCUGCUACUUCUUCAGCUGCUCCUGGGCGCCGCGAAACGCUCCGGAAAGCGAUCGCCCAGAGAAAGUAUCGGGGAUGGACUAUCGACCCAGCCACCUCCUCUGUCGGCGAUGAGCUAGAAAUAGCUGGUGGUGACGGCGCACCCGAUCCUCGGGCUGGGGGAGUUGUGGAGAGGACGGGAGAGGAGGACAUAGAGAUUGUCGUACCAUCCGGCGGCGGCGGUGAAGAUGGGUCACUGCAGGAGCGGGGGAGAGAGAGGUCGAACACGGGCGGGAACGCGAGAAGGGAUAGUGCAGAACACGUACCUGAGAGGAGACAAUCGCAGAGGUGGAGAAAAAAGGAGAUUGCGGAGGUUGAUAUUCUUUACGAGAACCAGAGGGGGGUAUUUGCGUGCGGUAUUCCCUUGUUCUCUUCGAAGGGAUUGUUGAACCUCGACCCUGCACCCUGGCAAAACGGGUUAUUUCGUGAUUCGGCCGUGAGCAUUGUCAAUGCACAACUUCCAGAUCCGUCAUGGGCUUGGGCGUGGAAGACCUGGUAUGUGGACAUGACACAAGAUGUGGAUGAAGAAGGGUGGACUUAUAGCUUCUCUUUCAACCCUGCAUUCUCGUGGCAUGGGAACCAUGUGUGGUUCCACUCUUUUGUUCGCCGACGCCGGUGGAUACGAAAGCGUAUUAAAAUGUCCUACGAUCCAGACUUUUCCUCUCGUGAAGGUAGCCAGGAACGGCCCCAUGGACUCAACCAAGACUAUUUCACUAUUCACUCUCGGCGCUUGGCAGACGGUGGGUCAACCGGGACAGGAGCGGGAAAAAGGAAGCAACGACGAAGUGUAAUGGAAGGGAGUGAAUGGACAGGGCAAAAUGCGGAGAUGGAUGACGAUCUUGAAGAGGAAGGACUAAUAACUGAUAUCCCAAAACUUUUGAGAGUGCUGAGAAUCGCCCGAUUGGAUCGUGAGAAGAUUGAAGUUGUAGGGAAAUUUUUAAAAGAUGGUGGGGAGGAGGUGACAUAUCUCCCCGAAAGGAUACCUCACAUCAUGUCAUUGAUGAUAUUCCAAGCAUCCCGUCGGCAACUCCUAAAGCUCCUCAUUGCCGCAGCCGAUGAAUUCACUCCAUCGCAGCCCUCAACUCCAUCACAGCCCUCAACUCCAUCACAGCCCUCAUCCACCGUAUUAACCCCACAUGCCGAACCCUCAGAUCUUCUCCCAACAGAUGGCUCAUCAACACCACAGUCAGGGUCAGCGGUGGAACUGCAGUCGGGAACCCAGAAAGCAGACCGAAAAGCCGCUAGGCAAAGAAAACACGAAAGUCUCAAGAAAGCAAUCGAAACCGCAGAACAAGAAGUCCGCCGACUUGAGUAUUGGAGCGACGUCAAGGAGGUCGCUGCAGAAACUGAGGGCGGCAUGAGAAUUGCCGAAGAACAGACUGGAUUACCCCUUGGGAUGGAUGAUUCCGAACUCAAAUGGAAGGGAAAGGAGGUGGAGAGGUGAAACAAGUAGGGGUCAAAUAUGUCUAAUUGGUUUUGGAAGGCUCUCUUUCUUAUAGUUACCGCUACAGUUUGUUUCUGCUUUUUGUGUUCUACUGAGUGGUUUUGUUUAUUUUUGUAGAGGAUUGCUGGGUUCAUUCGGACCCCAGGCGCAUUUAACUAUGGUUUUUCAAAAAA